AUGUCUUCAAAUAAUUGGAGUAAUAUGGAUUGGAGCUAUGAUUCUAAUACUGGGAAUCAAUGGCAAAAUCAAAAUAAUUUCCCAAGUCAACAGUAUAGUCAACACGAUGUAUCGAUGGAAGGAUAUAAUUUAUAUUCACAGACAAAUGAUAAUAGUAUACAUGGAAAUCAACAACAAUACAAUGAACAUCAAAUACCAAACAGUUAUUCAAGUUACAAUCAACAAGAUGGAGGUGCAUUCAAUUCUUUUGUAAAUCAACCUAUGAAUGUUAAUCAUAGAAGUGGUAAUCCUAACAACAUGCAUAGUCAAAUGAAUGGUAAUAAUUUUGGAAUGGGAAAUCAAAAUUUUAUGUCUGAUCCUUUAUUUAAUGCUGCUCAACAAUUUGGUGGACAAUUUGCAGCUCAACAAAAAGAAAAAAUUUCACAAUAUAUUAGUUCAUUUCAAUUAAAAUAUUAUUUUGCUGUGUCUAAUAGUUAUGUUGCUAAAAAACUCGGUAUAAUUCUUCUUCCAUUUAUUCAUAAAAAUUGGUCUAUUCAAGUUGGUGUAGAUGGUCAACCAGUUACACCAAAAGAAGAUGUUAAUGCUCCUGAUUUAUAUAUUCCAUUAAUGGCUUUUAUAACAUACGUUUUGUUGAGUGGCCUUGUUCUUGGUAUUCAACAAAGAUUUUCACCAGAACAACUUGGUGUAACAGCAUCAAAUGUUUUUAUAUACCUGUUUUUAGAAAAUAUUAUAAUUGUUGUUUCACGUUAUGUAAUGAAUUUAUCAAAUGCACUUGGAUUUUGGCAUUCAUUAGCAUAUUCUUCAUACAAGUAUGUAGGAAUGGUUGUUUCUUUAUUAGGUUAUUUAAUUUUUGGUAAAUCAGUAUAUAAUUUUGUUUUAUUGUAUUGUGCAAUAGCUAUAGUAUUUUUUUUACUACGUGCUGUGAAAUGUUUUAUAAUGGAUUCUCCAAAUUAUUAUGAUGAAAAUGAUAGGAAAAAAAGAAAACUUUAUUUAAUAUUAUUUAUUACUUUUACUCAGCCUUUAAUCAUGUGGUGGUUGACAAGUAGUGUAACAUCAUACAUGCCAGAUAGUUAUGAUUUUGCUAAAAUGGCUAUGAAAGGAAUGGGUCUUGGUAAUCAACCUGUUCCAAUUGACUCAAAUGGAGAAGUAGAUUAUGAAGCAUUGCUGAAAGCUCCAUAA